AUGACCGAAAUUCAACCACCAACACCCUCACUUCUUACGAAAAUGUUCAAAACUCGGUUAUUUGUAAUUUUUCUGAUAUUAACUGUAAUAAUUCUAUCUACAAAUGUUUGCAAUAGAACUACGUUACCAAUAACUUCAGAGUAUUUCACCAAUUCUAAUAAAAACAAGAAAUAUCUUUCAAGCAGGCUCGCAGCAGGAAUGAGAUUAGGAAAUCACAUUUUUGAAAUGGCUGCUUUAUUGGGAAUGUCAAGGCAGCUACAUCGUAAAUCCUUGUUCUUUGUGGAAGAUAAAACUUAUUUGAAUAUGUUGAACAAAGUGAAAGAAGCUAUUCCUGGAUUGAUAGAUCAAUUUGAAAUUGUUUAUGGAACGGUUCCACCACCAACACAAUUCAUCAACUUCAAUUCACGAUGUUGUGUCUACGUGGAACCAACGAUUCUUGAAAAUAAUGAAGAUCAGUAUUUACAUUUAGCUGGAUACUAUUAUCAGUCUUGGAAGUAUUUCCCUUCAAUGCAACAUGAACUAAUCAAAUAUUUGAAGCCAAAUGUAAAAAGUGAAUUCGGAAAGUUGCCAAGAUCAAAAAAUAACUCCUACAUAAUUUGUGCACACACACGAAGAGGAGACUUUGUAUGGGGUGAUUUUGCUGCAUCGGAUCCGACUUUUGUCAGACGGGCGGUUGAGUUUAUUGAAAAGAAAAAAGCCCUAGAAAAUUUAAAAUCUCGCAUUGUCUUAUUUGGAGAUGAUUUCAAGUUUAUGAAAUCCAUUUUCAAAUAUUCGAUUCUCCAAGGUUCAAACACAAGACACUUCAUAUCUCAUAACUCUCCAUCCGAUGAUUUGAUUUAUUCAAGAGAUCACUGUGAUACGGUUUUAAUAAGUGCUCCUCACUCAACAUUUGGCUGGUGGAUGGGAUAUUUCUCUAAAGGAAAUGAGGUUUUCUAUAUGGAUAUAAGAGAAACCAAUGAUUUCAGUUUUAGAAUUGGAGAGCUGAGCCCAUAUGAUUAUUUUAUGCCGAAUUGGACACCACUAAAGUUUUCUUGUGAUAAUUUAACGAUUGUUGAAAGUGUCAGAUAG